AUGCCUCCAACUCAGUUACCCGCCUCGGGCAAUCCCUUGGUCUUCUUUGAUAUCACAAUUGGAGGUGAGCCACUCGGUCGUAUCCAAUUCGAGCUCUUUGCCGAUGUAGUUCCCAAGACGGCCGAGAAUUUCCGUCAAUUCUGUACUGGAGAAACCAAGAACCAUCUCGGUAGACCACAAGGAUACAAAGGCAGUAAAUUCCAUCGAAUUAUUAAGGAUUUCAUGUGCCAGGGUGGUGACUUUUUGAAUGGGGAUGGCACUGGUUCUACUUGUAUUUACGGAUUGAGUAAAUUCGACGAUGAGAAUUUUACCAUAAAGCACACAGAACCGGGACUCUUGUCAAUGGCUAAUGCCGGUCCAAAUACCAACGGCUCUCAAUUCUUCAUAACUACAGUACCAACACCCUUCCUCGACAAUAAACACGUCGUCUUUGGCAAAGUCGUCGAUGGAAUGGAUGUCGUUCGCAAGAUGGAAAAUACGCGCACUAACCCAAAGGAUGCACCUAAUUUACCAGUUGUCAUUUCUCUCUGUGGAGAAAUGUAA